UCCGUAGAGGUGAUGUCCUUUCCUAAAGUCACACAGCUAGUUGGCCACAGAUUUUUCUCCUGGGCGCUAGAGGCCAUUGGUAUGGAUAGAAAGGACCUAGUUUUGGAGCUGGCCAGGCCGUUUACAUUCCUCUGUGAGCUAUGUGUUGGUUUAUGCGUCUGCACGAUGGGCUUCGUCUUCCUACCUCAGGGACUCUUGGGGACGGUCACAGUAGAUUUAACCUAUGUCUAAUAACCCGGGCUCAUUCUCCGUUUCCUCCUCAUGAGCGUGCAGAGCUCACUCGGCCUGUCUGCAGCAUUUACCAGCCCGUAUGUUCUUUCUUUUCCAUCCUGGCUUGGAGCCUCAGGAGACCUGCUGAUUGGGAGGUCGUUCUCAGCAGAGUGGGCUUGGAAGAUGUGGAGAAAGAGAAGGAAACCCACAAUUACCUCAGCAAAGAGGAAAUCAAAGAGAAAGUUCAUAAAUACAACCUAGCAGUCACAGACAAGUUGAAGAUGACCUUGAAUGCAAAUGGGAUUUACACUGGCUUCAUUCAAGUCCAGAUGGAGCUUUGCAGACCUGCAGAGACUUCUGGAAAACUCGCUCCCAGUAGCAAUGGCUGUAUGAACACACUUCACAUCAGCAGCACCAACACCGUCGGGGAAGUGAUCGAGGCCCUGCUCAAGAAGUUUCUCGUGACCGAGAGCCCUGCCAAGUUUGCACUUUAUAAGCGUUGUCACAGGGAAGACCAAGUCUACGCCUGCAAGCUCUCGGACCGGGAACAUCCGCUCUACCUGCGUUUGGUAGCUGGGCCCAGAACAGACACACUGAGUUUUGUUCUUCGUGAACAUGAAAUUGGAGAGUGGGAAGCCUUCAGCCUUCCAGAACUGCAGAAUUUCUUGCGGAUCUUGGACAAGGAGGAAGACGAGCAGCUGCAGAGUCUGAGGCGGCGCUACGCGGCCUACCGGCACAAGCUGGAGGAAGCCCUCAGCGAGGUGUGGAAACCCGGCUAAGCGCGGCGCCCCUGCCGCUCGGACCGGACCGAGAGGCGCGGGCGCAGCAGACGUGCCGGCAGCCGGUGUCUCUUGUCGGGAACGCACUCUUCUUGCCCCGCGAUGCCGGGGUCUCCCCCCGCCUUGAUCCCUAGAUCUAGUUCCCUCCACCGGGCACGCAGCGUCCGCACCUGCGGCCUCCUCUGUCCGGAUUCUGCCGCUUGUUCGCCCGCAGCACUGGGGCCGCCCCCCGGGCAAGCUGUGAAUCUGUGGUCUCGGGAGCGUCUGGCCUGCUUGGAAGCAGGACUCUGGGUUCUGUUUUUUUAUUUUAUUCCUUACUUUGUUCUAGUUAAUUAUGUGAUGAUGAAGUUAAGCGUAAGGAUGUGCAAAUGAUUUUUUUUUUUUAAAGCUUAACAAGGAAUCUCUCUGAAUACUUGUCCUAUGUUGAAACUACCUGUCCGUUUUUUGUUUUUUGUCUUCAAAUGUCAGAGGAAGCGAUCUAUGCGAAUUGAAAGGCACCGGAAACUAGGAACUCUGAGGCAUUUGGGGAGGGUUUUGUGAGGAGUUUGGCAGAGAACGGAAGAGCAAGUUUGGAAGAAGGCGCCAGUGGCAGCAGGGAGCUCUCCGGGGCUGUGGUUUGGGUGAGGAGUGGAUGGUCGUGGAGAACGGGGUAUUUGGUUAUGACGUGAAAGCGAAAGCAUUCGGUUUUGAGAUGUUAAACCCAUUGUGUAGUAUUGCUUGAUUUGCUGGUGAGUAAGAUGUGGGAACAGAGCCAAAGAAAGUAGGAGCUAGACCAACGGGAGGACCUGGGAAGUCUGCAGGUGCUCAGAGAGCCGGAGUGUCCAGGCAGGUGGACUGAGAUGGGGGCCGGGGGGAGUGUCCUGCAGCGGGGGCUGCCCUCUCUGGGGACCAGCCCCUGUGCUCUCUUCUCCGAGUAGCUUCUCCGGCCGCUGGGGCAAUGACCGAUGGCUGACUUCUCUUGCCUUAUGGUCCCAGUCUCCCCUGCCCUGGCUGUUUUGAGUUGAAAAGGAGUCUGGGUAGGGCGGCUGUUUUCCUGUUAGCUGGGGGAGUUGUCGGGUAGAGAGCUCACAGCACCCUUUUGUGACAGUCACUCUCCUUCUUUCCCUGUUUUCCUUUUUUCUUCCCCUUCCCCUCUUCCUCUUCCACUCUCCCCUCCUUUCCCUCCCUCUUUCUCUGUUGCAGUGUGUUCUUACCUAAGGUAGAAUAGGGAUGUGGAUUAUAGACCCAGUGCCAUCAGGUCCUCCUUCCAAAAAGGAGUACUUGACUGUAAGGAGGAGAGUGGCCAGAAAGGGAGGAGCCCCCCCCCCCCCCCCCCCCCACUAGCCGCCCUUGAGCUGACCACGCAGGAGGGGUUCUGUUUGGAAAUGCUUUAAUAAAAGUGCAUGUUCCUACCAACCAAAGAAAGGCCUGUGCAAUAGAAGCCUUCCUUAAAGCAGGUCAAAUAACCUCGUUUUUUGCAGCAGUCAAUCUGAAAACAACAAGAAAGCUGUGCUGUGGUUCUAAAGGGGCCUUAUAAUCUAUUUUAGUCUAGAUAUAUUUUGUUUAUAAAUUCCCAAGGAAUUGUCAACACUUUGGUGACACCUAAUGGAUUCUUUUUGAAAUUCCAAGGUGCUUCAUUUCUUUGCCUCUUAAGUGAACUGUGCCUUUUACUGCAUUUCCGUUUCCUCUUGGUGGCACUUCUGCCUUUUCAGAGAGCACCCGUCUUGCUGGAGGCAGGCGUCCCCGGUGGUUCUGCUGUGCACACAUGUCACUGAGACAAUCAUACCUUCCUAAGCUUUGUAAGGAGAGUUGGGGGGAGAAAAAAAAAGGUAGAACUAGCUAUAAAAUAUGUAUGGCACAUCUUGUUUAAUUUUGCAUGUAACUUCUUUUUAGUGCAUCGAUGAGGUUUUAGUGACAUUGUCACCCAACACUUUACCUUUAUUGUUCAGGGAAUGCCUUCAUGAUUUUUGUGCUGGUUUUACUGUUCAGACUUUGGCUUGGGUUUGAGUAUACUGUUAUCAACCACCUGGUCUUUCAGUUGCCCACCCAGUAAGCUUAUAUUUCGUGAAGUAUUUGUUUCUCAGAUUAAGACACUGUUAGAACCUAAAGUAGUAGCUGAUGGUUAUCUGUGAAUUUUUUUUUUUUUUUUUUACUUGAAGUAGAUUGUCUAAAAAUAGGCAUCCUCCUCUGUAGUAUCCAGAACCUCGCUCGUUGUCGUGUGCACUACAAGUUGCAGUUUGGAAAACUUGCUGUUUUGAAAUUCUGUCAGUAUAUAAUUCUUGUAAUACUGACGUUCUCUCCCAAACACUGGUUCCUGCAGCAGCAUUUUUCAUGCAUAAAAGAAGAAAGGCCACUAUGGCCAAAGAUUUUUAAAAAUCAUUGUACAAAUUCUUAUGUUAAAUGAAGCUUUGCUGUAAUACUGUUUUCUCUUCAAUAUGUGAUGGUACCGGAAUGUUGUUAAAUGAAGGGGGUAGUAUUGCAGGGGAGCAUUUUAAAUCACAGAAGUAAAAAAGUUAUAAUAUUUAUAAUUUUGGUGAGUUUAUUUUUAUAGGGAAGAUUUUUCUUCCCUGCAGUUGUUUCUGGAAUGGCAAAUUGUUUCCAUUAUUAAAAGUCGAAGUUGUUAGCUGA